AGAAACCAUGUCAAUGGCAAAUAUCCCAUUUUGAAAUUUGAACAUAAGAAACAGCACAAACAAGCAUAUUAUGAUUAUAAUUCACAUAGAGCCAAGAAAGACAAGUAUAUCUGAAGGGCCAUUGUCAGGUCAAUUUCUUCACUUCUACCAUACAUAGAUGCAUAUGAUGAGUAUGUAUGUAUAUAUAUAUAUGCAGUGUAUGCCCAUACCUUAAAUUUAUGUCUCAAGGCUUUAUAGGCUCUACAAUCUUCUGAUACAUAUCAGUCUCUAACUGAAGAAGGAAUGCACUGUCUUACCUCAUUAUUGCACCUGCAACAAACAAACUCUCUAUCCUUUGUCCUCAUCAUGUCACUUCCUGAAAACCAUAACUCUAUUCUCUGCAACCACAACUCCACAAACUAAGCAUCGAAGUCACAACAGCAAUGCCCAAAUUGUUGGGGGAGCUUCUGCAAGAGCAGCAAGAGCCCUUUGUUUUAGAGGCUUACCUUCUUGAAAGAGGCUAUCUCAGAAGCAUCAAGAUUUUGGAAAGCUGCAGUCUAAAAAAGAGAAUGCACUUAGUUCCUCAUUGUACUAAAUUCAUCAAAUCUGUUGUCAGCCACCGCAUGAUUGAUGAUAAUACAUGCAUGAUAAAGAGCACCAAUGGAGGUUGGAUGAAUUCGUUUGUGGAGAAGUGGACACAUAAAUAUACAGGAAAGUGCAGGUUAUCAGUAUCAAGCAGCACAGCUAAGUCCAAAUACUCAGUCACGAAGCGUGGAAGGGAUAUCAUAGCAAAAGAGGUUACCGUCGAGAAAAGGGGGAAAUGGGGAUCAGUGGAGGAGAGCAAACAGCUCAGCCCUAUCUCUGUCCUACAAGAAACUGAAUCAGAUGAAGGCUCACCAAUUAAUCAGAGAAAAUCCAAUUUCAAGGCAUCAUCACAAGGGGAAUCCUCAGCAUCAAUAUCUCAAAACAAGGCAAAGCAGCAGCUACAUUAUAGUGUUCAGGGAUUGCCUAGAAUUAUAGGCUCGGAUUCUUACUCACAGUACAUUAUAAACAAGAAAGCUAUGAAGCAGACAAAGCAGCUGUUGAUUGAUUGUGUUAGAGAGGUAAUAGAAUAUUGUAGGGAAAGAGAUAUAGGGAGAGAACAGAUAAGGAAAAUAUUGGGGGCUGAAGAAGUUUGGAAGCUUGUUUGCGAAAAAGUAUGGGAAUGGAGUCAAGAACCAAUAGAUGAAAAUAACACUGUUCAUCUGCUAUAUCAUGAUUUCUUGGUUGGAGUAAAGAGAGAGGACUCUGAGCAGCAGAGCAUGGAAAUUUCUAAGGAGAUUGAGGAAGCUAUUUUGGCCGAUGUUAUCCAUGAGAUGCUAUUUUGCUAAUAUAGUAGGCUUCUGUAUUCUAGGAUGACUAUAAAAUCAUUCAAUCAACUUCAAGAAUUCAAGUAUGAAAUCCCUUCUCACUUCUCACUUUCUAAUUCUAAUUUACACAGCACUUAACUCAUCAUUAAAGGUUAGUGUACAAUU